AUGUUCUAUCACCUCAGAAGUUUUUCCUCAUCCCUAUCUUCCUCAACACCAACAAUAUUUCCUUCAUCCAGCAUCAGCAGCAAUCAACAUCUCUCCGAAAAAGCCUGUAUACCCUAUUGCCCAAAAGUAUCCUCAAUCAUGGCACCUGUUGAUUUGAAGGCUUCUUGUCCUCCUGUUCAAGAAUGUAAAUGUUAUUCAAUAUCGGAUACACCUCCUGGCAAUGAUGGGCAGGUAACCAUGAAAACAACGUUUGGAAAAGCCUUAUACAAUCUUGCAAAACAGGAAGAUGUUCGUACCGUAUUAGAAAUUGGUACAUGGUUCGGAGGAGGUUCAACUCAAUGCAUUGCUCAAGGAUUACAAGAAUCAGGCAGUGAUAAACUACUCUACACCAUUGAACUCUAUGAACCUGCAUGGCAGUAUGCAAGGAAAAAGUUUGCUCAUCUCCCAGUACGAUUUAUAUUGGGUGGAACAGUACCCACUGAAAAGUAUUUGAAACCUGAUGAAAUUCCAAAUCAUGAUGAGCAUUUUCGAUUGUACUAUCAACGAGAUAUUGAACUCUCCAAAAAGUCCGUUCCUUGGUUGCAUCCAUUGUGUUUGGCAAUCCAAUUUGAUGCUGUUCUUAUUGAUGGAAAUGAAUACACUGGUUGGGCUGAAUAUGAAACCAUUGAUGCAGAAUGCAAACCUAAAUAUUUGAUGUUGCAUGAUGUUGGCACAUUGAAGACUGAAAAAAUUGAGAAAACAAUUAAGGCAGGAGGAACUGUGUGGCAAUUGAUGAGCGAAGGGAAGGAUGGAGCAAGGUGGCAAAUCUACAAACGAAAGCAGUAG